GCAGUGUUUCAAAAAGGCGAGGUGCAGACUGAGGAGGGCAGAGAGACUCAGCCAGACAGCUUCUGCUGGCUUCAAGUGGCUGUCUGGGGGCUUUCUUAAAAGGAAACCUCUCCGCAUUUGUGUCAGUUGAGAAAUUUAAGGCAGUCGGCUGGUUUCGUUUCGUGAAUAGCGCCAGUGUCGGGCAGGGUCUGUCUGUGGUGGCAGAUGAUGUGCAGGCACUCCGUAAUGAUCCAUUGCAAUGCAGAUUGAGAAAGUGAGCCUGGUGGGCUAGGCUAAGUUAGCUCUGGAAGAAGAAGAAGGUAGUCGUCGACAGGCUGGUGUAAAUUAGCUGUACAGUCCAGCCUCGGGUGUACAAGACGUUUGCGCAUUUUAUGUAAGUUAGCUAGCGUUAGCUGAGCAGCUGCUGAGCUGCCAUCUGUGUGGCCUCCUCUCUCUCUCUUUCUCUCUCUCUCUCUCUCUCUGUGACUGGUCCGGACAUUGACUGGGAAGUAACGUCGGGAGGAGGCGAGAGUAACGUUAACGUUAGCUUCCUCGCCAACAGCAGCCACGUAACCUAUCUCGUAUCUGUUAAACCGGUGGGAUUUGACAUAUUUCAAGGAAGAGCAGCACUGUCAUUUUCUAUUAUUUGUCUUUGACUGUGUGGAUGGAGUGCCGGCGGCGGGACUCUCAUGGGAGCUGGAGAAGAACAUAACCGACACGAACCUUCUCCGACUUUAACCUCGAAAAGUGAGAACCUGCAGCGGCUCCGAGAUUGAUUAAAGUCUCGCUAUGGAGUUCAGUAAAUUGGCUGCGCUAUGGAUUGUGUGCUUAUGUGUCUUGGGAGAGUGUCAUACGGACAAGCCCAAUCAAGUCAGCACGGAAAGCCUACAAGUCGACAAUGAGCUGUGCCGCAUUGAUGAGCCCCUGUGCCAAGAUGAAAAUGCCAUCCUCAGUUUCGAGGCAAUCCGCAGCAUUCACAAGCAAAUGGAUGAUGACGCCAACGGAAACGUGGAUGUUGUAGAGACAGAUGGGUUCCUUAGAGAGGACCUCAACUACCAUGACCCCAAAGCCAAGCACAACAGUUUCCAUGGGGAUGACCAGUUCAUCAGUGUGGAGGACCUCUGGAAUUCAUGGAAGAGCUCUAAAGUAUAUAACUGGACCGUGGAUGAGGUGGUGGAAUGGCUGGAAGCCUAUGUGGAGCUCCCGCAGUAUCUGGAAGCUUUUCAUAAAAUGAACUUAAACGGAACUGCCAUGCCCCGCCUGGCUGUGAAGAACUCCACUUUAACAGUGACAGUGUUGAAGAUUCUGGACCGCAGUCACACGCAAAAACUUCAGCUGAAGGCACUGGACACAGUCCUGUUUGGAGCUCCAAUGAUGAACAGUCAUAACCAUUUAAAGGAUUUCAUGCUGGUGGUGUCCAUUGUAAUUGGCAUGGGUGGUUGCUGGUUUGCAUACAUCCAGAACCGCUACUCCAAAGACCACAUGAAGAAGAUGAUGAAGGACCUGGAGGGUUUACAGAGGGCCGAGCAGAGUCUUCAUGACCUGCAGCAAAAGCUGCGGAUUGCCCAAGAGGAGCAUCGUACAGUGGAGGUGGAGAAGGUGAAUCUGGAGCAGAAACUCAGGGAUGAGAUUAACUCUGCCAAACAGGAGGCACAGAGGCUGAGAGAGCUGCGAGAGGGUACAGAAAAUGAGCUCAGCCGACAGAAGUAUGCAGAGGAAGAGCUGGAGCAGGUACGCAUGGCCCUGAAGAAAGCUGAGAAAGAGCUGGAGUCACGCUGCAGCUGGUCUCCUCCUGAAGCUCUACAGAAAUGGCUGCAGCUCACACAUGAGGUGGAGGUACAGUACUACAACAUCAAGAAGCAGAACGCUGAGAAACAACUCCUGGUCGCCAAAGAGGGGGCAGAGAAGAUAAAAAAGAAGAGGAAUACUCUGUUUGGGACGUUUCAUGUGGCGCAUAGUUCCUCACUAGAUGACGUGGAUCACAAAAUACUGGCAGCUAAGCAGGCCCUGGGAGAGGUAACAGCUGCCCUCCGGGAGCGGCUCCAUCGAUGGCAGCAGAUUGAGAUGCUAACAGGCUUCACUUUAGUAAAUAACCCUGGUCUACCCUCCUUGGCUUCGGCCCUGAACCUAGACCCCAGCUUCAUGGGAGGUCGUGCCACGCCCCAGCACUUGGCCAUGUCUGAUGACAUGGAUGAUAUGGAUGAGGACAUUGUGGCACACGGAGGUUUGCAAUGUGCCAACCGGUUUAUGGACCGUCGAGCCAGUGACCUCAGGUCCAUAGGUCCAGACCGCCAGACGUUGCGGAAGUACUCUGCUCCCAGUAUGCUGUCCCUGCGCCAACGGCACAUCGACCCGCAGCUGGCCAUGGGCUCGCAGAGGUUGGUAGAGGGCAGCCACGCGCCUGGGGGCCAGCAGGGAGAGGGUAGCUCAUACCCAUCCUGGUCUAGGUCCAACCUGCGGCAGAAUCGCAGCCAGUCAUUUGGGCAUUUUGAAGCGCUGGGCCUGACCCCAAUCUCCUCAGCUGUUUCGCACCCCUCCAUCAUCUCUGCCUCUUCUUCCUCCUCCCCUGCUUGCUCCUCCUCUUCUUCUGCACCUCAUUCCUCCUUUUUUCACUGGCCUUAUUUCAAGCCAAUGGACCCCAUCCCAGACUUGCCCCCUGAUUCCAUUCCACAGCGGCCCCGCCGCAGUGGCAGCUAUGGGGAUCUGAAUCGUUCUGAUUCGGACUCCUCCCUGUCCGUAUCUCAAACUGGCGAGCAGCUGCGCCUGUCCUACAGUUCUAAGGGGCUCCCCAUCAAGCCCACCUCUCUCCACCAUGGCCCCCUCUCUCGCUCAGAAGAGUCAGCUCAGGCCCAGACCCCCAAUGGGGGCAACCGGGUCCACGACAGUGGGGCAUCACCUGAUGGAGGCCCAGAUAGUCCUAUUCUAAUGAAGAAAAUUUAUGGCAUUGAAAAGUCCGCCAGCAUGAGCGAGAUUAUGUCCAUGUCGGAAUCGUCACGAUCCCUGAGCCCAAACUCCACCGACCCUGACACACCUUCACCCACGGGCCAGCCUGGUAUUCCAGGGGCCAAGGCAGGGAGCCGCAUCCCCCAGCUCUCAUUGAAGAAGAGCCCCCUGGAGGAGGACAGCGGCUCCACAGGUGAAGACACUGACUCGGCCGGCAAAAAGAAGCACACCUUCAAGAUCUUUAAGAAGCAAAAGAAGUAGCGAGUGCUGCAGACUGCUUAAAAGCUGGCGAAGCUUUUUCACCUUCCAUCUGUAGUCCAUUGUUCUAAUGGAUGUGCUGAUGUUUUUUUCCGUUUUUUGUUCUCCGCUGGUCAUGUUAUGGCACAAGCAAAUGCCUUUUCAAGGUUUUUGUAGGUACUCCUUGGGACCUUUUGAGAGCAGUCUCUGUGGGUUUUUGUUGUUUGUUUUUGUUUUCUCUUUCUCUUCAUAGCUUCAUUUUGUUUUUCUGAGAGGAUUAAACUCUGGGGGUGUAAAAGCACUAUUUAUUCUGCAGGAGGCAGUGCCAGUCCUUUUGAGGGAUACUCCUUUCUGGCUAGACUUCUUGUUUUCUUGUAUAAUCCGUAUCGGUUUGCAUGUCUUCACCUUUGUUUGACUGAAAUUCGAAUGCUCUUUGGUGUUUGCUUGGUUCCCCUAUAGUGUAAACACAAAAUGUCAGGUGUUUUGUUUUUGCCAGUCCACUCUUUUGUCAUUUAAGUUAAAAAAAAAAGAACAUUUUAAAGCAACUGUGAGAUCAGUGUAAGUCAGUGGAAAGGGGAAUUGAAAAGGGCUGAAACCAUACUUGUGAAACCCUCCUUGAAUCUGUUGCACUACUGCUGAAUGUUAUUGAAUUGGUUUUGCAGAAAUCAAGAGUACAUGCUGAAACACUCACAUUGACACAGAACCUGCAAGUACCUCCAGGAGUUCAGGGAUUUCUGGGAAGUGGAAACAAUAACAAAAGACUUAGAAGUUUUGGUCCAUUCCAACUCAUACAGCAUAAUGUGGCUUGUGGAUAUGCGCACGAAAAACGAGCCAGAAGUAGUCUUUUGGGACUGAUUUUCCCCAACAGGGACUUUAAAUAAGGUUUUUCAGUUGUCAGCCACCAUUGACAGCAUUUGUGCUAAAUUUAUAUCCAAACCAUGCCUUGUAGACUAGAUAGAUAACCAAUAUGUAUUUUGCGCUUGCUGGUGGCAUUGGUUGCCUUUGAAAGCAGAAAGUGAUUGUAAAGAAUACCAGCUCAAGAAUUUCUGGGGAAAAAAAAUCACGUUUGAAGUGCCAAACCAAAGAUUUUAAAUUUCAUGUAGUUCUCCAAGUGUCAGUUAAAAUGUUGUCAUAACUGGUGAAUCCUGUCAGCUCCCAACGUCCUAACCCCAGCGGAGAGUUGAUUUUAAUAUGUGUAAAAGUUUACAUGAUUGGCUCAAAUAUCUUUCUAAUUGAAAUGCUGAAAUAUUUUGGGGAUUUAUUUCAAGUUCUCAAGGGAGCUGAUGAUGACUAUGUUAAUGCUGCUCUUAAGAUGUAAAAUUCUGUGUAGGUCUUCAUUACUAUCUCUACCACCUGUUGGUCUUCAUAGGCCUGUCUCUGAGGCAGCCUCAGGAUAACUGGAAAUGAUUUUGAUGCUGAAUGUCAUAGUUUUUUUCAUAGUUAAGCAAUGUGUUGAAUUGAGGUUCUUAACUAAGACAUAGAAAGAUUUGGGAAAUAGAACUCAAAUUGGAAUUAUUCUUUUUCUUAAUGGUUAAAGGGACAUUCUGGACAAAUUGGAAAAUUUGCCCACCACUACAUCUGUUUUAAACAUGCUAACUUGCCUCCUGCAGCAGAGAAUAAGGAAAAUAAUCUUCUGAUGUAUCUGCAUCGUUGUUGCAGGUUGCUUACAUCACUGCUAGAAAGCUGUACAUCUUAUUGCAGCUGCAUGGCCUUGUAAAUUAUGAGAGUGGGUUAUUCAAAUGACAGAAAGGACUCUUUAGAUAAGACAUACAAGCUAAAAGCUAAAGGUAGCAGGGUAGAUCAUUGGCUAUCUAGGUACCUUAACUUAGUGUGGUUUCUUUUCUUUGGCUUAAAGGGCAAACAUUUGACUGUACGGUCCAUUUUGUGCUGAGUAAAGAUUUGCUGUUUUUCUUUACAAUUAUCUUGGAGGACUGAGGAAAGAGUUAAACUAAUGUAGUUAUUAGCCUUUAGAUAAGGAUAAUCAGCUGUUGUAUGAAGCCUUAUACGUAGAAAUACGUACUGGGAAUUGUAGUAAGGGAUCACUGAUGAAAAACAUGGAAACGAAUAACAUGAAAUCUUGAAUUUUGUCAAACCAAUGAGGAUGAAUGAUAUAAUGCUAAGAGACAGGAUAUUGCAUAAUGUGACAAAUUACACAGUGAACUUUAGUUCUAGGCUAGAAUGCCCCUUUAAUUUGGUAAAGAAGAGAGAUUAUUACUAUUAAAAGUUCAUCACAUGCUGGCUUGGCUGAUGUCAGCACUCUCCAGAACACUGGGGCAGGAAAAAGAACAAGCACACUUUUUAACAAUGAUGAACAGUGAUGCAGGUGAUUCUGCAUUGACAUGGAGAAGGUUGGCACUAUGCAUUUUUCCUGCAGUUCCCCAUAUUUUUACAACCGCUGUCUUCACUUAUUAGGGUCUCCCAAUCCUGGACUAACCAAAGCAGCACUGCACGAGACACCACCUCCUCUGCUGUGGACUCAUUUCUGUUGUAGAAGAUGGUGUGGGUGUUAAAAAGUCUGCAUUACAAAUGUAUAUCGGUCAGUCUAAAACAGUUAUGCGCUGUUGGUCAAAAUUGUUGAUGCGUCAUUUGUACCUCUUUUGCACGACAAAGCUAUAAAUGAACUUUGCUCUUUGUGAGUGAGUGUGUAUGUGCGUGUGUGCGUGCGUCUGUGCGUCUGUCUGAUUUCAGUAAGCUGCACUUCAUUGCGUUGAUGCAUGUUACCCUGCUGCAAUACCAGUUCGCAGAUUCGGGGAGGGGAGAAGCAGGAGCAUUUUGGGCUCUCUGUCCCACCCCAGCUAUUUCCUACUUAUGUCUCCCUUUGAGCUUCUAUUUAUGAUUAUAUACAUUUGUACAGAAAGAAAUGGGGAAAAAAUUAUUUUGCAUCAUCUGUAGUGUUCAAGACUGUAGUCCAAGUCUUCAAAAUUUUAUGGCACUCCUGCAUGAAAAGCAAUAAACGGUUUUAAAGGAAA